UCUCACAGUGAGCGACUGAGCAUGCGGGCGAGCACCUCAGCUGGGAAAGCUCCGCUGCUGUAGUCAGUAGUCGGCUGCCUGCCGCCGUCCUGGUCUACGCGUCAAUAACUCGCCGUCCUACUUUGUGUACGCUCAGAGAACAACUUAGUGACAUUUUGUAGUAUGUGUGCUACUUCACGUUGAUUUCAUAGACACAGUGAUGUCAGCAGAGCGACAGACACGGCACAUUUAAUGUUACGACAUCGUUAAGAUUCUCUGAAGAAGUAAAGUGCGACGCGCUUCUGCUCCUUAUGUGUGUUGAGAAAAACUGACAAUAUUUACGACAUAAGUACAGACUUCCCGCAUUACUGCUGCUUCUUCGCCAUGUGACGCGUCACAUAGAAACGCGGCCUUGUGUGAGGUGAACCGCGGCAUGGCAACUCCCGGAGGAGACACCACACGAGGAAACGUCACAAGCGAAGGGAGGCACCUACUGACGCGUCCUGCCAGCCUGGGGAGCAUGGUCGUGUUCCUGGUGCUGUUCAUUCUUCCAACUGCUGGCUUGUCCUUCAUAUACCAUGAGAAACCAGAAAAUCCACAGAGAAUGUGGGACCCCGAGAAGGGUGUUGAGUUUCUACAGGGGCUGCAGAUGGUGCCCUUCCCCCUUGACAACAUAACGGUGGUGAAUCACACAGCCCAGGUGGGAGCUACCACGUACCUUCACUGCCAAGUACGCAACCUGGCAAACAAACAGGUGUCAUGGAUCAGGCGACGGGACUACCACAUCCUCACCUCCGGCCUGCACACCUACAGCAGGGACGCUCGCUUCAGUGUCGUCCGCUCUGAGGAGGCAGAUGAUUGGGCGCUGCGCAUCAGGUUCCUUCAGAAGAGGGACGAGGGAGCCUACGAAUGCCAGGUGUCUACCAAGACGGGGCGGUACGGAUACCUCAUUAACCUGGAAGUGGUGGUGCCCGAGGCUGUCAUCUCGGGGCCGAGCGAACGACACCUACAGGCUGGUUCCACCAUCUCACUCAAAUGUACCAUUCAAGGCGGAUUGGUGCCACCCCAAUUCAUCUUUUGGUUCCACAAUAACAAAAUGAUCAACUACGACCAGUCUCGCGGAGGCAUCACAGUCGCCAUGGACCACAGGGUUCCCACAACCUCAAGACUCACCAUCAUGAACGCCAGCCUCAUGGACUCUGGAAACUACAGCUGCACCGCCAACAACAUCAUUCCGGCAUCCAUCUUCGUAUUUGUGUCAGAAGGUGACUUUAAGACUGCAGCUAUUCAACGCCUUGAGUCAAGCACGGCAAGUGUGACAAAAAUCAGCCACACUAAUUUCUUCCUUCAUCUGUUCUCUUCCCUCCUGUUUUACUUAAUGACCCUCAUCCACCACCGAACUUGAUUGGUCUCGCCGCCUCCCUCAGGUGGGGUCGUGCGGCUGCCUCACCACCUCAUCGGACGAGUAUUACUUCAACAUCUCAACUGUUCAUAAAUGUUGCUUGAAUCUAAUAAUUACACAUUCGUUUUUCCUUUCACAAUGCCAGUGACGUUUCUUAGCGUGAUCAUUAUGUAUGGUGUUAUUUCUAAAAUUUCAUAACAAUUCAUAUUAGAGUUACAAUUCUUUCAUAUCACACACACACACACACACACACAUGGCCAGAUAUUAGCUAACCACUACAAAAACAAUUAUGAUUUUUAGGAGAAAACUACAUCGUACAAUUAUAACAAAAAGUUACUAAACGUAGUAAUGGUUGCCAUGUCGUACUAUAAAACUUUACGACAAACUUCCAUAAUCAAUAAAUAUUACCAGUCAGUCACAUUACUGUAUUACAAUUCCUAAGGUACUUUUACAAUAAAUAUGUAGCUAUUUGUGAUAUGUGUUACAAGAAUAUUCAAUAAAAUGAGAGGUGAUGAUAAAAAUU